UUCAUCUGUCACUCGCCAUCGUCGUCGUCGAGCCAACAGAGCAGCAGCAGCCAGAUUUUUCUUUCGUUCGCACAACGAUGGAGGACGAUUCUGCGGUGGCCGUCGCCGCCGCCGAGGCGCUUCCGGACGUGAAGCAGUCGCUAGAUUUCGAGAAAAUCUGUCGCCUCUGCUGCGAGGAGCGCUUCCGGAUGCGGACCAUUCUCGCCACCGAGGGGGACUACGCGCUGGGGAAGAUUUUCAGCGAGCUGCUCCGGAUCGAGGUUUAUCCCGACGAUGGGCUGCCGCAGAAGGUUUGCAAGGAGUGCGCCAGGAAUAUCGUCAAGAUGUUCGAGGCCGUCGAGUACUAUCGGGCGAACGAUUUGUCGCUGCGGAAGCAUCUGGUCGGAACGGUGGAGAUCAAGGAGGAGGAGGAGGAAGUGGACAUGGACUCGCCCAACGUUAUACAGCAGCUGAAAAUUGAAAUGCUCAGCGAACCUUCGGCAGUGCCGGUGAAGAGCGAAUAUCGCGAAAGACAGCAGCGACAGACUCCCGAGCAGGAUUAUGAGGACGAUCCGACCUGGGAGUUUGGGGACAGUUUGUACCCGGGCAACGAGGACGAAGACGAUCGGCAAUCUUCCUCAUCUUCGUCGUCGUCGUCUUCCGACAGCAGCGAUGGCUCGGUCGACGGAGACACGUCCGACUCGGACGCUUCGGAAGAAAUCAAGCCCAAGAAGCGAGGUCGUCCACGGGGCAAAACCAACAGGGGACGUCCGCGGGGAUCGGGCGGCAAGCGUGGCCGUCGCAAAACCAAAGUGGACAAUCCGAGUCGGCCACGUAAAAACGACCACAAGUGCUACAUCUGCGGUUCGGAACCGCUCGGCUCGGCAGAAGCCCUGGUGGCUCAUCUGAACGAACACACGUCCGAAGUUCCGUACACGUGUCCAAUCUGUGUCAUGCAAACGAUCGUAAUUACCAGUGUCAACACGUUGAACAUCCACAAACGGAUGCACCUGAAUCCGUACAAAUGUGACCACUGCGAUCGUCGUUACAGCGACCGGAACGCGGUCGACUUGCACAUGCAAAUGCAGCACACGGGCGCCAACGAUCCGUGUCCGUCGCCCUGUUCAUACUGCGGCAAGAUCUGUCCGACGCGGCUGUCCCUGCGCUAUCACGAGCGAAGUCACCAGACGGCCGUGGCCUGCGAAAUCUGCGGCCGACUGUUCGCCGAGAAGCACAAACUCAAGCAGCACAUCCGCCGGAAGCACGAAAAGAUCCGCGAGCACGAGUGCCACCUGUGCCAUAAGAACUUCUCCUCGCUGGACUCGGUUCACACCCACAUUCGGACGAUGCACUCCAACAACGAGUACAAGUGCGAGUACUGCAGUCGAACUUACACGUCCGAGCUGUCCCUGCGCUACCACAAGAAGAAGCACGAAAAUGACCAAAACUACCAAGCAACCCAAAAGUGGACCCAAUACUACACCGUGCUGGAGCCCGAACCCGGCGCCAAGGAGGGCGCCCAGCGCAUGAAACGGUGCAACAUUUGCGGGGCCGUCGUGCAGCAAAUCGGCACCCACCUCAGCAACAUCCACUUCCCCAAGGAGUUCCGCUGCACGCUCUGUGACGCGGUGUUCAAGCGCAAAGAAACGUACGAAUCGCACGUCAUGGAACACGAGCACGGCAAAGCGUUCAAGUGUCCAAUCUGCGGCAAAGAAUUCUCCAGCCGCAAGCUGCUCAUCUGCCACCUCAAGACCAAACAGCACCGAGAUCACCCACUCGCCCAAUCCCUCGAUUGGCUGUACACCAAGCGCGAGCGCGUACCGAAGCAUUUACAACAGCAGCAACCGCCGCCAAUUCAACCGCUGCCUCAGCACGUCGUCAAACGGGAAACGACCAUCGUGACCGGCGUCGAGCAGACCGUCUACACGACGCCAACAACUCCAACCGUGCAAGUGAUGGAACGUGGUGGUCCUGCUGCUGCGGCGGCGGCGUCCCCGAUGGACAUGUUCAAGGUCGGAGGGAGCGGGGUGCUCGUGUACCCGUCCGUUGUGGUGGAAACCCACACGCCGGACGUGCGCAGUCCGGAAAUGGUCGUACCGGUGCCGAUCAAGAGCGACAACGGGAUGGUGCUGCAUUCGUCGGAAAUUUCUUCGAUUUAACCCGGCUUGGUGGGGAAUGUGUUUCGAUCAAAGUAACGUACAUUUGAUAUUUAGAUAAUUUAGCAUACUAUUAGCAAUAGUAGCCGUAAAUCAAUCUAUGACAUGACUUUCUCAUUUCCGUGCAACCCGCAAAUAUAUAACAGUUAAUCGUAAAUAAAAAUGAAAAAGAC